CAGAGAUGAAUGAUAAUAAAAAUAUUUAUAUUACCUACAUACCUACUUUUUUUACGAAUUAUAGAGCAUUGGAAAACCUUAUUCCGAAACCCGGCUGUCAAAAAAUCAGUUAAAAUAAUAAUUUGUAGAGUUAAAAGAAGAAAAUCGAAUAGGUACUUUGUUGUUUUUUUUAUAUCUUCGUUAUCAAUAGCAAUAAAUAAUGUGUUUGUACUGAUAAAACGCACAGAUAGAAUUACUUAACACUUGUAACAUUUUCUUUUUACUUAGAACUUAUUUAUUUUGUUCAAUGCUCGCUAGAAUCGUUAAUUCAUUGCCGUUUGGGCUGUCGCAACAAAUUACCAAACUCUAUUUUCAAGCGCUUAUUCGCAACCAACGGGGUGCUCAUAGCAGUCAAGAACACUUUAUAUACAAAAACAUGGAUGUUAAAAUAUUGCCAGCACUUCAAGACAAUUACAUGUACUUGAUUGUGGACAAAGCUACAAAUGAAGCUGCCAUUGUCGAUCCCGUUGAGCCUAAAACUGUUCUUGAAGCAGUUCAAAAGCAAGGAGUUAAAUUGACCACUGUACUAACUACACACCACCACUGGGACCAUGCAGGUGGUAAUGAAGACCUUGUCAAACAGCACCCAGGUCUGCAAGUAUAUGGAGGUGAUGACAGGAUCGGUGCCCUCACACAAAAAGUUCAGCACAACUACAAGUUUAACGUGGGAAACCUUAACAUACAGUGUCUGUUUACACCAUGUCACACAUCUGGACAUAUCUGUUACUUUGUCACUGCUCCAGAAGAAGGCAGUGAACCUGCUGUAUUUACAGGAGACACAUUGUUCUUAGGUGGAUGUGGCAGGUUCUUUGAAGGUACUGCUGAUCAAAUGUACAAAGCUCUCAUCACCAUUCUGAGCAAACUUCCGGAUCAUACCAAUGUGUUUUGUGGCCAUGAAUACUCUUUACAGAACUUAAAAUUUGCUUCCCAUGUGGAACCACAUAAUGAAGAGGUCCAUAAGAAGAUUGCUUGGUCGAAACAGCAACGAGAAGAUGGAAAGCCUACAGUGCCUUCAACUAUUGCUGAGGAAAAGUUAUAUAACCCAUUUAUGAGAGUAACUGAACCGUCUGUACAAAAACAUGCUGGUAAACAAGACCCCAUAGAGGCAAUGAAAGCCAUCCGCCUUGAGAAAGACCAUUUUAAGGGUUAAAAAUAGUCUAUUGUCUAUGCAAUAGAUUCAUCAAUCUUUCAGUUAUAUUGGUGUAUUGUGUAAUGUGGAUUUGUAUAAUAUUAUUUUAGUUUCUUAUAUUGUUAUGUUAUUAAAAUAAUGUAAUGUAUAAAA